AUGAUUUCAAGUAAUAUAAAGUUUAUUUCUACAAAGAUAGACACUGAAGAGUUUAAAGAGAUUAGAAAGAUAAGAUAUGAUGUUUUUGUAACAGAGCAAAAAUGUCCUGAAGAUGAAGAAUAUGAUGAAUAUGAUGCAGAAGCAACUCAUUACUUAUUACUUGAUAAUGAUAUACCAAUCGGUUGUUCUAGAUCACGUAAAUAUCAUUUAGCAGAUAAAGAUGUUUAUAAGCUAGAGAGAUUCGCAAUCUUUAAGCAAUUCCGUGGUAAAAGCUAUGGUAGAAUUUUAGUAGAAGAAACAAUCAAAGCUGUUUAUAAGGAAACUAAAGAACAAAACUAUCCAUGUUACAUUAUUAAUUCACAACAAUAUGUUGAAAGCUUUUAUUCGAAAUGUGGUUUUAUCACUGACACUACCAUUCCAGUGUUUUAUGAAUGUGAAAUACCACACGUUAGAAUGACAAUUCCAAUGGAAAUUGUGAAAGAAAGAUAUUCAUGA